AGAAUGGAUAUUGAUAAUUUAUUGUUAAUAUGACUGGGCCUAAGAUCAUCAGCCAAGAAACCUAUGAUGAAGUAGUUGUAGAAAAUGUAAAAGACUUUGACAAACCACUUGAUGAGGCAAUCCAAGACACCAUCCAGGAGUUUGAAGCUCAGGGUGUGUUGCUGGCCAACAUUAUAAAGGAGGUGAAACUGGAUGCCAAUAAUGAGAAGGUGGUUCACCCAGUCCUUGAAAGUUUGGAGGUGAUCAAGUCUGCUACAUCAGAUGACAGAGAUGAACCUGAUUGCCAUGCCACGACUGCACCAGUUGAUCUACUAGGUGCUUUGACCACCUUUUCUGACGAGUGCAAAAUUUCUCUCCCCCAUCGGGUGUUGGCAACUAAAUAUGGUGCUUACUCCUAUCUCAUGCGCCUUCUCAAACAGGCCAAGGAUGAUGGAGAGAAGUUGAGUCGUGGACUGACUGCAAUGCAGGCAUUGAGUGAUGGAAAUCCUGAUGUGUUGGAGGACUCGGGUGUCAAUUUUAUGCUGGAGAUGAUGGAGUGCUGGCAUAGUGACAUGCAGUCCAACAUCAUGGAAGUGCUCGCUCGCUGGUGCCACAGCUGCAACAUCAAGCAUGAAGGCAACCGCCAGCUGCUGUUCAAUGCUGGUGUACCGCACGCGCUUGUGACGUCAUUGCAGGGCUGCAGUGCACAGCAGCACCAGGGCCGCAUGGUCGCCACACUCAAGGCGCUGAGGAGCUUUACUCUGGACGACGAUAUAAGAGUGGAGAUCGGGCGCGCCCACGAGCACUGCCGCCACCUUGUGGAGGAGGAGGGGCUCAUAGCUGUCGCUCUGCAAGUCAUCAAGGGAGCGGUGGCAUGUAGCAUGGCAGGGUUAGCUGGAGAAGCCCUUGCGACGCUGAGCUGCGUGUGCGUGCGGGCCGAAUACUGCCAGCAAGCGACGGAGGCUGGAGCUCUGGACGUCAUCAAUAGCAUCCUCAUUAACUUUCCUGACUCUGCCAUCAUCAACAAACAGAGCAUUGCGCUCAUAGCCACGCUUGCUGGCGAUGACAACGUCAAGUCAUUCGUUAUGAAGAGCGGAACGCCGUCUCUUAUCGUUAAGGCAAUGGAUAAACACCAGCUGAGCGCGGGCGUGUGCAGUGCGGGCUGCAGCGCUGUGUCGAUGCUGGCGUUGCGUCACCCGCAGAACGCAGCUCAGCUCGUCGAUUGCGGGGCGGCCGGAGCGGUACUGCAGGCCAUGAAGCAGCACCAGCACGAGAAGCAGGUCCAGAAAAUGGGGUGCCUCGCCCUGCGCAACUUGUGCUCGCGCAGCCCCCAGGCGGCGGAGCUGCUGCGCCUCAUGCAGGCGGACGGCGUGGUGCAGGCGGCGCUCAGCAACCACGGCGACGCAGUCAAAGACCUGGCCAAGAGCGCCCUCAGGGACAUGGGCGUGGACGUGGCCCUGGAGGAGCGCUGGCACGGCAAGGGCCACGAGCUGGCCAUGGGCGACCCUUGAGCGAUCGUCCGUCGGUUGUGUCCUCGCCUGUUCCAUGCAAUCUCGUACUCAGCUCAGCACUAACCAGGUUCUUCGGGAGGAGCUUUCACUUACGCUGCACGCGCACUGUGACGCCUUUUUUGAUAUAACACGACUAGUGUUAAGACACGUAGACUACCUAGUGCUUAGUUUUUCUACUCACUUUAGAAUUAUUUAUUGUAUGGGAACCAGGAUAAUGCGGUUCUACGUUGUAUUUCUAUUUAUCUCUAACAGCAACAUGUUAUGUUUGUC